AUGUCAGAUCCCAUCUGUAUGGAAAGUGUUUGGCUGCGUGUGUGGCGAGCGGGGGCGGAGGAGGGAGUGCGGCACAGGCCCUCAUCGCCGACCACCGGCUCUGUGCAAUGCCAGCAGCGGGAGGAAGGCAGACCCUCCCGGCUGCAGCAGUGCUUUCAAAUCCGUUUCUCUGGCCGGAGCCGUCAAGGUCACAGAGCCCCUCCUUCGCCGUGCAACAGCUCGCAGGAGCGCACGGCGGCUGCUGCUGCAAUGCUGCAACAAGGGGUCCGGCACUGGGCAAAGCCUGGCCACAUGCGGCCUGAGUUCAAGUCCUGGCUCAGCUAUGAAGAGGGCAGGACCAUGCCUGGCUCUCUGCAGCAAUGCACAAACUACCGGUACAUCUCCCGGUUGCUCACUCCACAGAGCAAGCCAGAAGCCUUUAAGUGCUUAAGCCGAGCGCUGCUAAGGCGGGCAUCUCCCGCUCGCUCCCUCCUUCCCUUUCUCUCCUCCCACCCGGCGCUGGGACCUGGCCAGACGGGGAAUGCGCAAGCUCCGGCCCGGCCAGGCGGACGGCUUAGUUGCAUCCCCAUCAUGGCGCUCAGGCGGCGGGCGCUCCUUCUCCUGCUGUUGCUUCCCAUGUUCCGCUACAGAAUCUUGGCCGUAGAGCUGUUUUCCACCGACCUGAACCCAGUGGUGCAGGAAUUUCAGCGUGCUGAGCUUUCCUGCAUCAUCACUGCCACCAAGACAGUCAAUCCUAGGAUUGAGUGGAAGAAAAUUGCGGGCAAGGACACAAGCUAUGUGUAUUUUGACCACAGGAUGCAGGGAGACUGGGUGGACCGUGCAGAGCUCCACGGGAGGACAUCACUGAUCAUCCACAAUGUGACCCGUGCAGAUAAAGGCAUCUACCGGUGUGAGGUUGCAGCUUCUGAAGACACGCAUAUCGGAGCUGAGAUAAACAUCAACCUGACAGUCCAUGUGAAACCAGUGGCCCCAAAGUGCCGAGUGCCCCAGUCAGUGCCCGUGGGUAAAUCAGCUACUCUCCACUGCCAGGAAAAGGAAGGCUUCCCUGAGCCAACUUACAAAUGGUACCGUAAUGGUGAAACUUUGCCUCUUGACUCCAAAGCCAGCUCCAAAUUCCAGAAUUCCUCCUUCACUGUGAACACAAAAACGGGAACGUUGGUCUUCAGUGAAGUGCAAAAAGGAGACACGGGCCGAUACACCUGUAGAGCGACGAAUGCCGUGGGUGAUGCCUGGUGCGAGGAAAUGGACAUGGAAGUCUAUGACCUUAACAUCGCUGGGAUUGUUGGAGGGGUCAUGGUGGUCCUCGCUGUCCUCUUGCUGACUACGGUGGGAAUCUGCUGCGCCUACAGGAAGGGUUUGUUUGUGAACAACAAGCAAAAUGGAAAUAGUUACAAGACUCCAGCGAAGCCAGAUGGCGUGAACUACAUCCGCACAGAUGAAGAGGUAGGAAGGUCCCCCGGGGCCCAAAGUCAAUAGAUACAUUUGAAAUAG